UUCUAAACUCACAACCAAUUGAACCAAAGCCCCUACAACGUAAACGAACACUCCGAACAGAUGUCACUGUUUUGCUUCGGGAUUGAAUCACAACAUAGCUUUACAUAGUUUAACACUACAGUAACUUUGGUCAACACACUCAGCGCCUCAGCGGCAUUGUUUGAUGGGAGUUUGGUGAUAACGGUCUGCCGAUACCGGGACUGUAAAAAAAAAGCGAGUAUAGUGCUAGUGCUCGAGAAAAGUUGACAUUUCAUUCUUAUAAAUUAUAAUGGGGUUAUUUUCCAAAACACCUUCAAAAACUCCCAAGGAACAGGUGCAAGAAUGGUGCAGUAAAAUUCGCAAAGAAGAUCAUCAACUUGAUCGGCAAAUAAGGAGUAUUCAGCGGGAAGAAGAAAAGGUCAAGCGGAUGAUGAAAGAAGCCGCCAAAAAGGGAGAUGUUGACGUGUGCAAAGUCCUGGCCAAAGAGAUCAUUCACUCUCGCCGCGCCAUCACACGGAUCUAUACUAGCAAAGCUCACCUCAAUUCUGUGCAGUGUCAGAUGAAAGGACAGCUUGCCACACUCCGCGUUGCUGGAGCCCUGGCCCGCUCUACUGAGGUGAUGCAGGCCAUGCAGCAGCUCGUUAAGCUGCCAGAAAUAUCGCGCACGAUGCAGGAGCUCAGCAAGGAGAUGAUGAAGGCUGGUAUCAUUGAAGAAAUGCUCGAGGACACCAUGGAGUCUUUGGAGCCUGAGGAGCUGGAAGAGGAGGCAGAAGAAGAAGUAGACAAGAUACUGUGGGAGGUGACGGCAGGAGCUCUGGGUAAGGCCCCUGCGAUGGUGAACGACGCUCUGCCUGCAACUGAAGGCGCCUCAGCUCUGCCAACUGAUUCUCUGGCAGACGAGGAGUCUGAGGAAGACAUGGAGGAGAUGAGGAGCAGACUUCAGGCUUUGAAGAGUUGAGCGCUACUGACUGUGUGAGCAGGGAGCUAGUUAAGAGAAUAUUGACUUGACUUUGUAUUCGGUUGAAAUGUCUUACUAAGUGAAGUUGGAGUGGGAAAAUCCAAUGCUUGCUUCAUGCAAGUUUUCUACUAAGAAAAGGAAAAUUACUCGUGGUUGUGUGAGAACUACAAGUUCUUGAACGCUUCCUAGGUGGCUAGCUCAUACAUAGUUCACUGAAACUGAAUGACUUAGUGGAUCUCGAUUACUUUGUUAACCGGCCCGGUUACUUUAUUAAUAAUAUCACUUAGAACCAUUAUUUUUAAGACUAAAUUGAUCAUUUCAUAAAACCAUCAUACUAGUCACGAAAUUAGGUGCAAAUUCUGUUCUUUAACAUUUUAUACUUUCUAUUAAAAUGGAUAACCUUCCUCCUGUUUUAAUAAGAUUUGCGUCACCAUUAAUUCUCUGAAUUUGCCUUAGAUUUUUUGUCGAGAAAAACUGUUUCUCUCGAAUUUAAUUCAACUUUAGCGACCUAUUCAUAUUUUAGUCUCACUAGUUUCAGUGCAUUGUUCAAACAAUUUGCGUGCAUUAGUUAAUUACGAUGAAAUGGAGCUGUAGAUCUAGGUUUUGUAGUGUUCUUAUCAAGGACUCAUAGUUUUAUCGUUAAAAGUUAACAGCAAAUCAUGUAUCGUUCGUUGACAUUCGAAUAUAAUUCUCCUUCGAUGAUAGAUUCCAAACUCACCAAAAUUUUAUUUGUUUUCCAUAUAUUAUUUACUUGACAAGUCUGGUAUGUUUGCUUAAUUAGUAAUUAUUUUCUUCGUAUUUAUAUUGUAAGGGCUUGAGUCUUCAGUUUCCCGCAUCGCAUGUCUUUAGUUGUGUCCCACCUUCAUUCGUGGGUUUUCGUUCCUAAAUAUUCAUUUUUACGUAUGUUACUUUAACAGAGCGCAAAAUGCACUUGAAAUAGGAACAAAGUAACCAUACGAAAACUAGGUUGGUGUUUUGACUCGGCAGUGAAUAGAGGCAUGAAAAUUUUCAUUGAGUACUACUAAUUCCACGAGAUCAUUUGAUGUAAACUAGACCAUUCCAACUUCGGUUAUUGAACUUCGAGCAUUUAUAUGAAUCGGUGGAUGAGAGUUUCUCGGUAAAUAAAAAUUCUUAAUUGUGUAAUACGGAAGACAUGUCGACUCUCCGUAAUUUUUGGUUCCUGGACGCGAGUAACUGGUUAGUUAGAGAGACCUUGCAGUAGCAGUGCCUCAGUGGCUUUACUAUGUAUACUGUACAUGCUUCAUUCAAAUAAUUGAGCUUUCUCUACUUAAGUCAGUUUUCAGUGCAUAUGCGUGAAUUUAACUGCUAAUAGAUAUAAGAUUUUGCAAGGUUCAUCUUCAGGUUAAUGAUCUUGACAUGUUAUCCAUGUUGAAAUUGUCAUUUGUGCUAAUCACAUUUUAUGUUACGCCAUCUCUACCUAUUCAGUUACUGUAACUACCGGAAAUUUGGGCAGUAGUUCCUUUAACUACUUGUCUACACUCUUCUCCCCAAACCAAACUCAUGUUUAUCACGCGAAUUUUCAUUCCGUACCAAAAAUUUUGUUGCCUUGUGCUCUCACUGAAUACUUUCGUUCUCCUAAACGAUUCAAUUAAAAAAUUUAUGUCGGGCUCAAAUUCUGAAUCGAUUUGCGUUAUCUUGGCUUUCAUAAUAGCCAUACCUGCAUUAAUAAUAUCCCGUUCAGUUACGAUAUCAAUAUUCAAUUAAUAACUUCUUGAGGUCGUCCUUGGAUGCAUCGAGAAUAGGUACGGUUCUUCAAUUAAUGUACAUACACGGUGUACCAUUAACUCUUCUUUGAAUAUAUAACUUGAUUACGGUAUGACUAAUAGAUGUAAGAAUUUACUAAUAGAUGUAAGAAUUAAAAUAGCUAUGAUUAAGGUGAAGAAUAAUUUACUGUAAUUAACCUAGCUCGUGUGUUCCGGUAUGCAUUACGUGCCGUUGUUAGUAUUGUUCUAUUUUGACAAAGUUUAACACGAAGAAGAAGCUA